GGCGGCGCAUCCCGGCGGAGCGGGAGGUGGGAUGGCGGCGGUUGCCGGCGCUGGUGACCGGGCUGGAGCCGAGCUGCCGGACGCCUGCCCCGGCGCGGACAGCGGGAACGUGUCCCAGAGCCAAAGCAAAGCCUCCGGCCUCGGGGAGGCGGAGGACGAAGAUGCCUCGGAGGCGUCGCUGAGCGCCACCGCCGCCGCCUACUCCGCGUACCUGCUCGCCGACCGCAGCCUCUUCAGCGAGCAGAUAGAAAGCUUAGACAAGAGUCUAGAAGACUUACUGACCAGGGUGGAUGAAUUCGUAGGAAUGCUGGAUAUGAUUCGAAGUGAUUCCUCUCAAGUUGUCAAUGAAAGUAUACCUCAAAUUUACACAAAAGCUACAGAAAUGAGGCAGAUAUAUAGGAAGAUUGACAAACUAGAGGCUUUUGUGAAAAUGAUUGGGAAUAGUGUAGCUGGACUGGAAGAACGGGUCAUAAAGGCAGAAACAGACCUUGGAGCUUUUCCGAGCACAUUCAAGAAAAUCUUGCACACAAUCAGCAUGCCGUCCUUCCUUAAUAAAUCGUCUUCCUCACGACAGCAGCAGACCCUCUAUGAACCUCCAGUCCUCUUCAAGACUGAAGACUAUUUUCCAUGUCUAAAUGAAGCACCUUAUUGAUGAUUUUUGCUUUGGGAUUGAUAUGAAUCAGCCAGAAUAGAGAGAGCCAAGUGAACAAAAGGAAUGCCAGCCUCAGAACAGCUGCAUUUUCUAAGCACUCUUGAUGGCAUAUUGCCAUCCUGAUUCUCAUUGUCUUCCUUCAGGCAAUAUUUUCAGGUAAUCUUUGUUUGUGCACAUUAGUUCAAAAGCCUUCCUAAUACACCAUGUAUGUUUUCAGAUUAUUUUGGGGAAGGAAUUUAAGAAUAUUUUUGCAUUACAUUUUUUUUAAUACGGAAAUAGUAGGAAGCAUACUACUGUAUAUAAGUGUUUUUAAUACGUAAAUAUCUGUGCCGCUGCAAGUGUAAAAUAGCUAUACCACAAGGAUGGGGGUUUAUUUGUCUUUUUUCAUAAUGUGCUAAUUGAAGUAAAAGAUAAGCUAUGCAUAAGGUUUCACAUCUAUUCCAAGGUUUUAAGCCUGGUCCCUGCAGUUUGUACAGAGAAAUGCACCACAUUGGGAUGUACUUGUUGCAGGGGCAGGACUCGGAAAGUUAUCCAGGAAUCAAGGACAUGUCUCAAUCCAUGUGAUGUAGUCCCAGUUCACAAAGCAAACAUCCUGCCCCACUGAUGAUCCUCAGGUCUCAGUGACCCAAGCUUUUAAUUAUUGCAUCAUUGUAUCGUUUGAUGUGUGACCAGGUGGGCAUGAAAUAAAUUUAUAUAUAUAGAGAGAGAUAUAGAUGUAUAAAACCUGCUGUCAAAAAAAGCACGUAUCUAAGUUGAGGGAGGGAUGACCCUGGACUGAACCUCGAUCAGGUACCUGACCAGAUUGCUUUUCCUUCACAACUCUCUGUGCAUACUGAGGCUUCCCAUGCUGAUUGCAAUUUAUAUUAUCAAUAAACUAAUAGCUGGCUAACCCCCGUUGUGGUCUUACAAUUCACUGGACAGUAUUUACCCACCUUGCAGGUGUUAAUCAUAAAUUAAUGUAUUCCUCUGAACAAGUUUUACCUCUGCUGCUCUAUUGCCAGUGUAGCUCACUAGAAUACUCAAAAUUCAAGUCUGGGAGGAACGCUUUAGAGAAACAAUAUUUCUUUAGAUUUCGUGUUGCACGCACAAAACGGGUAUGAAGUUGUAGAGCAGAGAUUAUAUAUGAAUAGAUCCUGUCUCCAAAGACCAGCAGGGAUUGAGUUCUAAACAUCUCCAGUAUCUGAAGCAACAUUUAUUAAAAUUUAAAACAGACAUUUUCAAGUCAAAGUUAGUAGGCUCCAGAAGUAGUUCUGAUGUAAAACUUCCCUGAAUUUUAACAUAGGAAAAUAAUCACAUAAACAUGCAGAAAGAAAGAGACAUGACUUUGAAGCAGGGCUCCCCUCCCAUCCUCCUUGUUUUCAUAAAUAAUUCAUUAUUCAGAUGUUCCACUGGAGCAACAGUUGCAUUUCUAAAAGGCGUGGUGCCUUUGAGUGUAUGCAUAAAUAAUGCUUGAAGGUUUAUCCUUCCUCGGUGAGAUCUAAUAAAAUAACACAGUAUAGCAACAGACGGCUGCAGUCAAGUACUCUUAAACAUAUUAACACUUGUGUGAAAAACUAAGUAAUCUUUAGAGCAACUUUCUAAUUAAAUGAAUCACCUUCUCAAGUAACUUUGUCCUCUGCUGUGUGGAGCCAAAAUGGGGUUUCUUUUAAACAGAUGAUGUUUGAAAUAUUAGUAAAGUUUUCAGCAAGUUUAUACAGCUGAAUAUUUUCACACAAUACUGUUCAUAUUAAUAAGAGUGGAAGUUCAUAUAUACUGAAGUGGGCAUUUUUGUUAACUGUUGUAUGGAAAAAAAAGAGCUGUAUCUUCAAGGCACGCCACAAACAAAAAUCAGAUAGUUCCUAUGAUUUGUAUAGUUCUAUGUUGCAAAUUCUCCAAACUUUUUUUAUUACUGAAAGUAAUGGACAAUACAUGGAAAAUUUGUUAAUGAAAUGCUAUAAAAGACAAUAAAUAAAUUAUGGCUUUUAAAAAUACAUGGUA